CUAUGUCCACACUUCUCUCAAUCCUACCGACAGCAGCUUUAAACCAAAUGUGUGUAUUUACAGUUUACACACGCCAUUAUGUAUGGUGGAAAAAAAAAGUUCAACUUAAAGCAAAUCAUAGAAAACCAGAUCUUUCCUUGGGAGUAUUGAAGUCUGUGCUGAGUGUCAGUGACAUGGCCCACUUCAUUUGCUGCGUGGGAGUUGGCUCUCAGUGAGAGGAGGAUCAUAUGAUGUGGAAAUGGCCCCUGGUUGUUGUUUUGUAAUAAGAGCCUGGCAACCCUCUGCUGAGUGUGUGCUGGGAUUGCAUUAUAUAGACCAUUCCUCUGAUCCUGAAUAGGAACAGGGGGUAAGAAAAUCACACCAGCAAUGUUAAAUAUAUAUUUGAGAUACCACCAUACAGGCUUGUUGACACUGAGGCCUCUUAGUUCAAGUGUGUCUCUGGGGGGGAGCAUGGGGAAGCAUGGGAACAGCCAGGCUUAGUCUGGGAAAGGAAGCAAGCUGUCUGUUUCUGUUACACAAUCCAAUUAUCUCUAAGUUGCACCAAUGAGAAACUGGACCAGAUCACCACAGAAGCUUUUUGUGACCAUGCAGUUGUGCACAUGUUAGUUGGCUGGUGCGCAAGCACAGGUUCCAUUCAAGACAUUAACCAGGGAUCUAAAAGGGAAAAUAAAAGCAGUUGCCAAAAAGCUGAGAUGGUGUUGACGGCAUGUUUGUUGGCUCUUGUCUUCAUGUGGACAGUGUCGUCUUCUCCAGGAAUGGCUGCAAAAUCUGUUUCUCCACCAUGUGACCAGCACAUGUUUGAUAGCGAUGUUGACAACUGCCUGUCAGAGUUCAACAACAGCAUGGACACAAGUAGCUAUCGGGACAGUUGCCCAUGGCCUACUGUAAAACACAUCUACAACCAACUGAAGUUUUGUGUGGACGACUUGGCCAAAGUGUCUUGGUGCAAGAGUCAGACGUUUCUGGAAGACAAGGUCUUCUUGGGGGUCCACCAGACGUACUUUUCACUGUGUGGUCAGGUCCAAGACCCCCCACUCACCACUCUUAUCAUGUUAAUAACACCUGCUAUCAUUUUCACACUCUCUCUGCCUCUUUUGUGUAUCCAUCUCACCACCUGACGCUUUUCAAAAAAGAACAUAAAGGUACCCUCCAGGAUUAACCUAGCUUAACUUUAUUGGCUAAUCAAACUAGCUACUUGCUUUAAAUAUUUGUCUUUGCUACAUGUUACUGUCGAUUCACUGUUGUGUGUUUGUCAGAACAGCCACAAUUAAAAAUAUAAAACGUGAAAAGUACACAUAUAUAUAAAACACACCAAUAUACAAUAUACCACCAUCAAAGAGCCCAUUUAUAGGCAGCAUUUGGUGAACCAUAUCUUAAUCUACAUAAGUUUUUCAGCGUUUUUUUGGCCCUCUUGUCCUUCAAGAUUUCAACCUAGAAGCUUCAUUCAAAUAUCAAAACGUUCAGCUCAAUUAGGACAUUCUGGCUUUUUCGCAAAUUUCAUACUUUCCGAAAUAUUCAAUGUUUUUGUGAUCGUUCUAUUAAUUACAAACACUGCCCAUUUCCUACUCUUCAUCCAAAUUCAAGCCAGCAAUCCAGUUUAGUGUUGGCCUUUCAGCAGCCAUCAUUCACACUGCAAUUUCUUCACAAAUUGCCUUCUCUGGUUUUUAUUAUUACCCAAUGUUCAAAUCUUCAAAAGAGCACCGCAUGAUACCGCUGAUAUUUCUUCUACAGCAACUGUCAAGCUAUUAUUGUUGUAGUAGUAUUUAUUUUUCUUCUUAAAUUUCAAAUGUUCCCUCAUGUCUGGCUGUGCCAUGCUCUGUAAAUCAAAAUGUUCUUAGCAUAGACGUAAAAGAUUUAGCUUGACUGUCUAAGUACACUGCUGUGAAUGUAUGAUCUUUCUGGCUGUCAUUAUUUUGUUUUCCAGUUAAUCCUACCUAUCCGACGACGAUACAGCAAGUAUACAAAACCAAACUUUUAAGAUUUACUGCAAUGUUUAUUACCAAUUUCAAAAAAACGUAUAUGAUAAAAAAAAUGUACAUAACAUUUUAAAGAUGACAAAAAAUUAGGAUUCUGUUUGUAUUUGAAACGCAUAAUAAAUAUUUAUUUCAGACAAAAAAAUAACAUUUUACAGUUUUUUGAAAACCUCUUCACAACAAUAGCAAGCUGCUUUUCGAGUGCCGUGUCAGCCUGUGCAUGAACAAACUGCAUUUCAUAAUUUUGUACGAAUCAGUUGAUUGUAGUGUAGAUCUCAUGAUGGCCAAUCUGUCAUCAAAACAGUGCAAAGCACAACUAAGCAGUGUGUUUAACUGUAACAUAGCAUAUUGAGGUGUGUUGCCGUGUUUGUUGAAGAAUGGCUGUCUGUGCUUAUUGCUGCUUAAACAGUGUUUUGAGAUGAAUACUAAUAUUUCAUGAAAACUAACUAUUGAUAAUUGGUGUGGAUGUUAAAACUUAAAAUAUUAUUGUGGCAUCUUUACAAUUGUCAAAAUAAUGAUAACAAUAAAAUCAUAAAAUAUA